CCGGGCGGGGCGGGCACGUCACACUCCGGCCGCCCCGGCCCGUCCCCCUCUGCCUGAGCCGGAGCCGGAGCCGGGUGUCUGCUCCCGGGCGGUUCCCCUUGUGUGUGUCCGUGUCCCCCUCUUGUCCGCUUAUCGCGGCGCCCAUGAGCCUCCCGGCGGGGGUCUGACGCCGCCCGGCACCGCUGCACGGCCCCUGUUCUCAGUGUCUCUCCUGAAGAGAUGGAGAACUCGUCAGUGGCAUCGGCCUCCUCGGAGGCGGGAAGCAGCCGCUCGCAGGAGAUCGAGGAGCUGGAGCGCUUCAUUGACAGCUACGUCCUGGAGUACCAGGUCCAGGGGCUGCUGACAGAUAAGACAGAGGGGGAUGGUGAGAGCGAGAAGACACAGUCCCAUAUCUCACAGUGGACGGCGGAUUGUAACGAGCAGCUGGAUGGCAGCUGUUCCCCAUCCCAAGGGAAAGGCUCCUCAUCUCAUGAACAAAAUCAGGAAGUGUGGGAUCACAGCAGCAGUGGGAGCACAGGAUCCCGGCCGGGGUCAGGGUCCGGGCAUGGGUCUGGAUCCAGGUCUGGCAGCCACGGGAGAAGCAGCCAGUUGAGGCAAUCAACCAAGAAUGGCAACAAGGAGAGCUCCCUUGACAUGCUGGGCACAGACAUCUGGGCUGCCAACACCUUUGACUCCUUCAGUGGUGCAACGUGGGACUUGCAGCCUGAAAAACUAGAUUUCACCCAAUUUCAGAGAAAGCUCCGAAACACGUCCAAACACCCCUUGCCUCACAUAGACAGAGAAGGGCUUGGAAAAGGGAAAUACGAGGAUGGUGAUGGCAUCAACUUGAAUGACAUAGAGAAAGUCCUUCCAGUGUGGCAGGGUUACCACCCAUUGCCUCACGAGGCUGAAAUCGCACACACCAAAAAACUGUUCAGAAGGAGGAGAAACGAGCGCAGACGACAGCAGAGAGUUCCUGGUGGGAACAAGACUCAGCAACACGCCGAUCAUCAGCAAGGUGGCACCAAACACAACAGAGACCACCAGAAAGCCUACCAAGGAGGCCAGGCCCCUCAUUCCUCAGGCAGGACGGGGCACCACGGCUACAGCCAGAACCGGCGAUGGCACCACAACCAGAAGCACUCGCCCAAUGACAAAGAGACGCACAGAAACGCCAAAGAGACUGAGAACCUGAAAAUCGAGGAGCCCUCCCUCUGCACCGUGCACAUCCCCGCGGAGGCACACCGGGGCCCGGAGGCUGUGGAGAAGCAGUCUCAGCAGUACCCCCAGGAGUCAGAGACCAAACGCAAGGACAGUGUUCACGAGCGCGUUGGGGAGAGACCCAAGAUCAAUUUGCUUCAGUCUUCCAAAGACAGACUGAGGAGGAGACUAAAAGAAAAGACGCCUUGUCUUUCCCUUUUCACGGACCAGGACGAAGUCACGGUGGAAACCACCAAUCCCGAAAAGAACAAAAUGGACAAAUUAAUUGAAAUCCUCAACAGCAUGAGGAACAACAGCAGCGACGUUGACUCCAAGCUCACCACCUUCAUGGAGGAGGCCCAGAACUCUACUAACUCUGAGGAGAUGCUGGGGGAGAUAGUGAAGACCAUCUACCAGAAAGCGGUGACAGACCGCAGCUUUGCUUCCACAGCAGCCAAGCUCUGUGACAAAAUGGCCCUUUUCAUGGUGGAGGGAACCAAAUUUCGGAGCCUGCUCCUCAACAUGUUGCAGAAGGAUUUCACCAUGCGGGAGGAGCUGCAGCAGCAGGAUGUGGAGCGCUGGCUGGGCUUCAUCACCUUCCUCUGCGAAGUCUUUGGCACCAUGAGGAGCAGCACUGGAGAGCCCUUUCGAGUCCUUGUCUGCCCCAUUUACACCUGCCUCAGGGAGUUGUUGCAAUCUCAGGAUGUGAAGGAAGAUGCUGUGCUUUGCUGCUCCAUGGAGCUGCAGAGCACCGGCCGGCUCCUGGAGGAGCAGCUGCCUGAGAUGAUGACAGAGCUGCUGGCCAUCGCCCGCGACAAGAUGCUGUGUCCCUCCGAAUCCAUGCUGACACGGUCCCUGCUGCUGGAGGUCAUCGAGCUGCACGCCAACAACUGGAACCCCCUGACGCCCACCAUCACGCAGUACUACAACAAGACCAUCCAAAAACUGACAGCUUGAGGGGCAGGGCAAGGCGGGGUGGGAAGGGACGAGCAGAAGACACGCACCUUGAGGGGACCCGGCAAGAGCUUUUCCCAUUUCAGCCCCCGCAAGCAGACCAAACCCCAGCAUGCUCGAAAACACAUUCGUGGGGUGGGGAGGGAGAAGCAUGUUUCUUUUUCAGCCGUGUCCCCAAGUGCCACCCCUCUUCCUCCCCACCGUGGUUUUGGUUUAGGGGGUUUCUUUUUCUGAACUCAUGGCUCCAGCAGCAGCAGCAGCAGCAGCAGCAAGCGCGUCCUGCCGGGUUAUUGUUUGGCUUUCGAAAGAGGAUGGAGAAUUUGGAGGAUAAAAAAAAAAAGAAAAAAAAGAAAAAGACAAAACCACAACAAAACCCAACUGAAUCCAAGCAGGGGCUAAGUAUUGUUUUCAUGCUGUCCUCCUGCCUUGCCCUGGCCAACUGGCAGGAGACAGCAGGCAGCAGAUGUCUCGGGAGAACAAAGCCAGACACUCACUGCACCAGACGCUCGUAAUUGAUGGCUUUUGUCGAGAGCGGGGCUUGGGGCUUGCGUUAGGGGUUGGGUUUUUUCUUUCCCCCUCCCUCUUGUCUUUGACUUUUUCUCUGUGUGUGUGUGCGUGUGCGUGUCCCUCCUCCUCACCACCAGCCCUCCGAAAGCAGACUGGUGAGUGGGACAACUUUUCCUGUCUGCAGUGGGGCGGGGAGGGGGGGGUGUUUCUCUUGGCUCCACUGUUUAUAUUUCCUUCUUCCUUCGUCGCGUCGUCGCACGGACAAUUGCGGGCAGCUCCGAGAUGGGGAUAAGCGACUCCUUCCCACCACCUAACUGAUGAUGGGUUAGGUGAAGAUGCUGAAGGAGAAGGAGCAUUUUAAAAGGAGUCAAAAAAAAAAAAAAAAAAAAAAAAAAAAGCUGCUGCAAGAAGCCACCGUUGUCUUGCCGAUCAUCUCCUCAAUAGGUGGAGAAAAGUGUCCUCUGAGCUGGGGACUCUAACAAUAGGGGAUUCUGCGGCUCUUGCUGUUCAAGUCGCCGCUAUCGCUCAGCCACUAUAACCCGUUAGUUUCUUUUUUGUAAUGGUUUGUUGGGGUUUGUUUUUUUUUCUUUCCUUUGUUUUCCAUUGAAGGAGUGCUUUAUUGUAAUUACUGUCAUGGGUGUAAUUAUGCAUUUAAAUCCUAAUAGUGUACAGGGUGAAGGAGAAGCAAAGAUUUGGUGUUCUUCUCUGGAGGCUGAAGGGGAAAGAGAAGACAAACGGUGGAUGGUGAAAGGAUAAAAGAAGAGGGGAAAAUUAGGAAAAUCCCAAAAUAGAGGUUUUCAGCCUGGCUUCUAACUAGCUGAACUUGCUAUCCGGUGUUUCUAGCUGUGUGCUGUGCAGGAGCAGCUCCGUUUGGUGGUUGCUGUAAGUGGCACAUAGUGUCCUCAAGGGAUCAGAGAAUCACAGAAUUGUCAGGGCUGGAAGGGACCUCAAGAAUCAUCCAGUUCCAACUCCCCUGCUAUGGGCAGGGACCCCUCACACUAUGUUGGGUUGCUCAGAGCCACAUCCAGCCUGGCCUUAAAAACUUCCAGGGAUGGGGCUUCCACCUCCCUGGGCACUCUGUUCCAGUCUCUCUCCAUUCUCAUGCUGAAGAAUGUUCUUCCUAACAUCCAACCUGAUUCUUCCCUCUUCUAGUUUACAUCCCUUCCCCCCAGGCCUGUCACUACCUGAUACGCUAAGAAGUCCCUCACCAGUUUUCUUGUGGCCCUCUUCAGAUACUGGAAGGCCACAAUAAGGUCUCUUCAGAAUCUUCUCCAGUUUCUAACAGCCUCAUAGCUCUCAAUCUGUCUUCACAGGAUGAGUGAUGUGUUCAGAUGGAGAGAGUUCCCUUGGGGUUCUCCAGGUUGCACUGGGAUCUUGGGACUGCUCUAUACUGGAGCAUCCUGAGGGAGAAGGCAGCUGCAGGGGGUUGAUACUGAGAUGCUACCUGGGCAAGGUAGGGUGAGGAUGAUGGUAUUCAGGGACACCCCACACUGUUCCAUCACUCCACAAAUCAUAAACAAGGCUUGGUAGUCUCCUUAGUUGCAUGUGUAGCAGUGCUUUUACUUAUAAAUUACUUCUGGUGCUUACUUUGGUGAAGCCUAAUAGGGAUGUGAGGUGCCCCAUCCCGUCUGUGCAGUGGAGGAGUACCCGAGGAGGCGCUUUUCCAGCAGCCCAUCCCAUUUUCUUCCCAUUAUUCAAUUUGCUUUCCUUUCCUGGUGAUAAGAAGAGAAUGUAUGCCGUGGCGCUGGCACGCGUGGAUUCCAGACCAGGCAGGCUGGGUGUGAACUCCACAGCUCAAACCCACUUUUCCAAGCAAAACGUUGAAUUUCUGGUGGCUUGUAGAGAAGAGAAAUUUCUUCCCAGCCUCUUUGGAUGUGCAGUGUGUUCUUGGGUGCCUUACGAAUGUGUUGUUCUGUCCACGAUGGGGAGGAAGCUUUGGCUGCGCGAUGUUAAGGGCAGGAAUUUCCAUCGUCGAGAGAGUCCUGGUGCCACGAUCCAGUAUGGUUUGGAUUUUCAUCACAUGAUGGAUUCUCAUUCACACGUGGAGCAAGCUGGAAACAGGAUCUUCAGUAUUCCUGUCUACCCAGAAUUACUGCACUGGCCUUGUCUGGAAAAAUAUCUUGUGCUUCGUGGAUUCAAGCCCAGGAGCUUCACUUGGUGACAGUGCCUUGUGUUGGGUCAACUUCAUUAGCAGUAGUAGGGUUUGGUAGUGUUGAUGAGCAUCUGAACUUGAUUAAGGCAGCAAGAAACCAUCAGUAUUAUAAGGCUCAGGGCUGUGCCCAUUGCUCUGGGCUUCUCCUGCUCCCUGAUUUCUUGGGGAGCAGGGGAGAAGGGGAUUUAAGACCCGUGGCAAUGUGCCUGGCAUCGCUCUUCUGGGAUACGCCUCAAACCAGUUUGGGUUGUAGUUAUUUAUUUUUUUAAACAACAGUAGAAAAAUCCUCUAAGGGAGGGGCACAGCCUGAUGGGUUGGAGUGCCAAGGGUCCUGCUGGCAGUGAUCCAGACCACCACUCCAGCCCUUGCAGCUUCUCUCUUCCCCUUCCCCCAGAAUUCCUCUCAAUGUGUAGUUAAAUAAAAAAAAAAAAAAAAAAAAAAAAGAUAAUUGGAGAUUGUGCUUCAAAAAACUUGAGAUUUUCAUCAGUGCACCAGGAGGCAGUCAGAGGCAAAGCCACGUGGCAGAAUUUCUGCUGAAAUGUUUCCCUGCCCCUACCAGGCCUGAAGGUUUAUCCCAUUUUCUUGCUGGGAUGCAGUCCUACAAGCCCCAGGUCUGGCCCUUGAUUCUUCUCCUCCAACACCAGGAUUCCUCCCACCGAAGAACUUCUAUAUGAAAUCCAUAUUUUUUCCAGUGUCCUGCCAUGUCUCUCUGCUAUUAACUUCCAUUCAUCCAUCCAUUAACCACUUCCAGCACGUCAGUCGCUCUCCUGAAUACAUCAGAAACAAAGUAUUGACCCAACCCAAGUUUUAUCCCCUGGAAUUCCAUGCUGCCAAUACUGUGCUUCUGGAAUCCACAGGGAGGAAACCAGCAGGCAUUUGGCAUCAUUAACCAUGAUACCAUGUUGGCAAAAGAGGAACCAUGAAGUCGUCUGAUAGGGCAGGAUGGGGAGCAGCACUGGGAAGCUUUGAGGGUUCCUAGAGAGAGGGCCUAGGGAUGUCACUCAGCAUUUUCUUCGCCUUUCUGUUUUUCUCCCUCUUUUAGAGUCAGCCGCCAAAGAGUCUUAAUUUUAUAACCUGCAUCUUUGCAGGUGUGAAGCCAUCAGACGCAUCUGCCCAGCUUUGAUCUUUGCUGCUCAAUCUGAUUAUCAAUAUGAGGUUUAAAUCUCUUUUUUUCUCCCCAUACAGUUCCAUCAGCAAAGGGGAGAAUUAACCUCCUUGGGCCAAAUGUGCGUGGGGCCAAACUUUGGGCUGGGGCAGAGGUGAGUGGCGGAAGCUUCUGUGGAGGAGACAAUGCUUUGCCACCACCACACCAGUCCCAGUGGGAUGCAGAGCAGGUUUGUCCGCUGCCUGCCAGACUCUCCCCAGCAUCCAACUCACCCCUUUCCCAGUGGAAUUAUUUCCAAAGCAAAGGGGGGAUGUGUUUGGUUGUUUGUUGUUUGUUUUUUUUUCCUUUUGCUACCUGAUGAAUUAUUUGCUCUGUUUUCCCCACAAGGGCUUUCACACGUGAUUGGAGAAGCCUCAUCUAUAGGGAGGGAAAACACAAAAAACGAGAGGGAAAAGGGGAAAAGAGUUAAGUGAUUUGCUUAGUCCCCCCCCUCUCCCACUAAAGGAGAUUAAUUAUUGUCUGCUCCUGGCAUGAUUGAUGGCUUUGAAGGAGAAGUUGUCAGAAUAACCUACAGUUUAUUUUCAGCCUUUUUUAUUUUUUAACAUCCCUCACUUGGAAGACUCUCAACAAUAUUAAAUACCACUUCAUUGUUGUUGCUGUUGUUAUCUCCCCACUGGAUAUUUUAUGGCUUCACACUAAUUUUGCUCUUUUUUGGUGGUAGCUCUUAGCCAGUCCUGGUGUUUUGGGUUUGCUUUGGUUGUUUUUUGGGCUUUUUUCAGGUUUGUUUUAGUUUGUUGGUUUUUUUUUGUUUUGUUUUGUUUUGUUUUGUUUUGUUUUCCAGAAGAAACAACACUUAAAAAAGGGUUGCAGAGUCCACUGUGGAUAGCCAAGGGAGCUGCGGUGUCCUGCAGAACACAGAAGUUGAUGCUAGCAAUUCAUUUAUUGUUUUGAGGGUUUGUUUUGUUUUGUUUUGUUUUGAGGGGGUUGGUUUUCUUUUUGUUGUUUUUGUUUUGUUGGCUUUGGUUUGGGUUGUUUGGGUUUUUUUUUCUUUUUAAUGUAUUUAUUUGCAUUUGGAAAAGCAACGUUUUUAAUUUAAUGGUAUUUGUUAAACUAAGCGCUUUAAAAAUAAUUAAAAGAAAAAAGGAAAAUAAAAGCAAAAAAAAAAAAGGCAAAAAAAUUAAAAGGAGAAAAAAAAAGAGGAAAGAGAAAGAGGUUUUGGCGAGAAUAAAGCUUAGGUAUUCCUACUAGAAAAAACAAACACAAAAGUCAUGGUUUUCAGCAUUUCCAGAGACUGUUAAAACAAGGGAGCUAAUAACUCUUUGUGGAAGUUCAGUCUUUUGUUUAUAGAACAUCCAGACCCACUGUAUGCUCUAAAAUGCAUCAUCUGAGUAAUAAAUGUUUAAAGCUUG